CUCCUCUUUCACUUUCAAGAGGCUCUUUAGUUACUUGCUUUCUGCCAUAGGGUGGUGUCAUCCACAUAUCUGCGCUAAUAGGUCUUUCAAUACUUCUGCCUUUGUAUUGAGAGUUCUCAACGGCCUCCAGUCAGGGAGAACUCGGGAUCUAGGGUUGGGAAAACGCUGAAGAGAACCCCAGUAGCUGAGCCGUGUUGGAGAGGGCCACCGCAGGUACCCCCACCUGGCUGGGCGGAUGGUCCCAGAGCGCCUGCUUCCGCUCUGCGGGCCAAGCCCAGCUUGGCUCUCAUUGGCUCACGGAGGUAAGUGACAGACUCCAGAGCCAAUGGCUGGUAAAAGCUGCCCGCCGCCCGCCUAGUACGACCGAGGCACGUUGGAGAGCAGAGUCACGCGAGUUAGAAGCGAGCUGCCGCCCGCCUCAGACUAAAAAGAAGGACUGGCAGCACUCGUCCCUGGGGUCGCUCGUAGCCGAUCCCUUAGUUCUUUGUGAGUGUCCCCCAGAUGUUUCUAAUACGGGCUCCGCGGCCCCGUGCGAGCUUGCGGGGGGCGGGACCAUCUGGUCCAAGCUCCGUUUUGAGCCACGCCCGCCGGCGGUUUGGCCCACUCCCCGCCCGGGGCCGCCUCGGCGUAGCGGAGGCCUCGGGACCGGUUCGACCGAGUUAGGACUGAACAGGCCGCGGCCGGAAUUGCCCGGACCCAGGCAGCUGCAGCGUCUCGCAAGGGCUCGUCUGGAACAAUCUCUUCGGGUUCUUGCCCUAACCCUCCAUCUCGCCGGCCGCGCCAGCCAGGUCGCAGCCAGCCAAGGGCGCUGCGGGGCAUGGACGAGGAGCGUCGCGGGACCUGGUUCGGCUUCGGUUUCUGCGGCUUCGGGCAGGCGCUGGGCUCGGGGCUGGGGCGGCAGGUACACAGCCCCGAGCCGCUGAGGACGCCGGGCGGCAGCCUCGACGUCCGCCGCGUGAGCGCGAGCUGGAGCUACACCGCCUUCACGACUCGUGGAGGCCUGGUGCAGCUGUUGGGCGCGGUGGGCGGCACGGCGGAAGGAUGCACGGAUGCGUGGGCGUCGGAGGAGCUCCUGGUGCUGCUGCGCGGGGGGCCGGGAGCCGGGGCGGAAUUGCAGGCCUGGGCGCCCGGUUCGGCGCUGCGUGGGGACCCCCUCUGGUCCCAGGCCGUGCAGGAGGCGGAACACGGACCCAGCUGUGAUGAGACCCAGGCGGGGCCGCUGCCGCUGCUGCCCUGCGCUCGUGCCUACGUGAGCCCGCGGCCGCCCUUCUACCGACCUCUGGCCCCCACGCUGCGGGCGCGUAGGCUGGAGCUGGGCGCCGAGCACGCGUUGCUGCUGGACGCCGCGGGCCAGGUAUUCUCCUGGGGCGCGGGCAGGCAUGGACAGCUGGGCCACGGGACCCUGGAGGCAGAGCCAGAGCCCAGGCUGUUGGAGGCGCUGCAAGGCCUACGCAUGGCUGAAGUCGCCGCAGGUGGCUGGCAUUCUGUGUGCCUGAGUGAGACAGGAGAUAUUUAUAUCUGGGGCUGGAAUGAAUCAGGGCAGCUGGCCCUGCCUACUAAGAGCCUGGCAGAAGAUGGAAAGACAACUGCAGGAGAAGCCUCAGGACUGGAUGAAGAUGGUUCCGAAGUGAAGAGAGGCUCUGCGGGCGAGGAUGGAGCCCCCGUCCCCUUCAUAGCGGUCCAGCCAUUCCCAGCUUUACUGGACCUCAGCCCGGGCUCAGAGGCAGUCAAGGUCAGCUGCGGAUCCCGGCACACGGCAGUGCUGACAAGUGAGUGGGGCCAGGAACGGGGGAGCUCUACACCUGGGGCUGGGGUAAAUAUGGACAGCUUGGCCACAAGGACACAACCACUUUGGACCGGCCCUGCCGUGUGGAGUACUUUGUAGAUAAGCAACUCCAAGUAAGAACUGUGAGCUGUGGGCCCUGGAAUACCUACGUGUAUGCUGUGGAGAAAGAGAAGAGCUGACCUAUGGAUAAGAGCAUAAAAGAACAGUAGAGUGGAAAAUUAUACAGCCAACACCUGUGAAACUCCCCACAGGGCAAGGAAAACCACUGCCACACCCAGAGGCCUCUCCUUUGCCCCUCCCGGUCACAGCCCUCUUGCUCCACCUUAGAGCAGGCAGCAUCUUCAACUUUGUCCCCCCAUUAGAAACACCUGGAGGGAACUCCCUGGUGGUCCAGUGGUUAGGACUCUGCGUUUUCACUGCUGAGGGAGCAGAUUCAGUCCCUGGUCGGAGAACUAAGAUUCCACAGGCUACAGGGUUUGGUGUGCCCCACACUCCCAGAAAAAAAGCAACACCUGGAGAUUUGUAACUGGAUGCCUAGAGACGCAUCAUGAAGAGAAAGUGAAAGUCGCUCAGUCAUGUCCAACUCUUUCAACCCCAUGGACUAUACAGUCCAUGGAACUCUCUAGGCCGAAAUACUGGAGUGGGUAGCCUUUCCCUUCUCCAGGGGAUCGUCCCAACCCAGGGAUCAAACCCAGGUCUCCCACAUUGCAGGCAGAUUCUUUACCAGCUGAGCCAGGGCUGGGAUCAUAGACAUGAUGAAAUCGUGAACUUAAGGCUGUGGAACAUAGACGUGGGUAGAUUUUCAAAGGGCUUCCCUAGUGGCUAAGACAGUAAAGAGUCUGCCUGCAAUGCAGGAGACCUGGGUUGAAUCCCUCCCUGGGUCAGGAAGAUUCCCUUGGGAAGGGAUGGCAACACGCUCCAGUAUUCUUGCCAAGCUGCCCCAUCCCAGAUGAUUUUUGAGGUAGUGCUAAGACUGGGAACCGCUAGAGGUCAUCUUUUGUUAUUCAUUUGAACUGUUUUCCCUUUGAAUCUUACCAUUCCAUGUAUGCCUCUUUAUACAGUAAAAUUUGUCUGCUUUUGAACUUUA